AUGAAUCCAUCCGAGUCGACAGACCCAUUCCUUCAGGUCCAAGCAGACGUCCUCGCAACGCUGCAGACAACCCGCCCCCUUUUCUCCUCCUACCUCCGCAUCCGCUCCCUCGCAACAUCACCAUCCAACCCCGAACUCCAACAGGCCCGAUCGGAGCUCGAGUCGACCCUGCAGGACCUCAGCGCCGAUCUGGGCGACCUCGUCGAGAGCGUGCGCGCCAUCGAGCAUGACCCUUACCGGUAUGGCCUCGAGUUGGACGAGGUGGAGCGACGACGGAAACUGGUCGAGGAGGUCGGGGCAGAGAUCGAGUCGAUGAAGACGGAGCUGCAGAAGCCUGUCGUUCCGACGACGUCUGAUGCAGCUGCAGCUGCAGGAAAAACCGCAGCGGCAGGAACUUCAGCGUCAGGAUUACCCAAUCCGUCCGAUUUCGACAACCUCCUCUCCCCCGAUAGUGCCGGCCGGGGCGGCGCAGAUGAUUACUACGCUUCCUACGAGCAGCAGCGGCAGGCCGAGCUGAUGCAGGCGCAGGACGAGCAGCUGGAUGGCGUGUUCCGCACCGUGGGCAAUCUGCGCCAGCAGGCGGAUGUCAUGGGACGAGAGCUUGAGGAUCAGGCUGUGAUGCUUGACGAGGUCGAUACCCUGGCUGACCGCGUGGGAGGGAAGCUCUCGAGCGGAGUGAAGAAGAUUAGACACAUUGUGCGGAAGAAUGAGGAUACAUGGUCAUCCUUCUGCAUCGCCGUCCUCAUCUUCGUCCUGGUCCUCCUAUUAAUCCUGGUGAUUGUGCUAUAA